UCUUGUUGUUGUCAGCCAUAAACAAUUCAUAAGAAGAGCAAGAUGUGAGAAAGAUAAAAAUGCUGUUUGAACAUGAAUGAUACGAAAUUGAGAGACCACAAGGUCGAUGUCACGUUAGCUUUAGGAAGCCACACAAGUUCGUUAGCGUGGGAAGACCAGGGUUUUCUUCGACUUUGAGAUUUCAGAACGUGAACCGAAAUUCUGGAAUGCUGCAAGUUCAGGCUUCAAAUGGAACACACGAAUCAGAAAACAAGCAAAAAUCGAAGAUAUUCAGCUUCUCUGCGACAUUGAAUUCCCUUGGGACCAUCGACAGGCUUCCCGAAUUCCGAUUUCGGUGGAAUUCUAAUGAGGAAGUGUUUAUAAUUUUGACAAGUCUAGAGGAACAUAAAAACUGGUUAGCAAAUGAAGUCAACAUAAGGCCUCCAAAUGGUUCACUUCUUCUUUACAACAGAAAUAACUCGAAGACAAGAUCUUACCAUCUGGAUAAAUAUUUUUGGAAGACAAGAAAGAAUAGCAAGUCUUCCGCUAGAGUUGAUCACUCCAGUCUCAGGAUCAGAGGGAUUGAGUGUAUAUAUUGCUCCUAUGUUCAUUCAGCAUUAGUGUCCACAUUUCAUAGAAGGUGUUAUUGGUUGUUAGAGAAUCCGGAUAUCGUUCUUGUCCACUACCUAAACAUCCCCGACAGGACAACGACAUUUGAUGAUCUUGUGACAUCAUUGCUUCCAUAUAAAACGCUUACUGAACAAGAGUUACUUUGCCAAUUACAACCAAUCUUAAGUGGGAACAAAGAAGAAGGACACCAAAGCAAAAUCGUUCCAGUUGAUGUGAAAAAACUUGUGUCGGAAGUUAAGGGAUACAAGGAGCCUAAAACGAAAGGAAGAGCCAAUAAGAAAAGGGCAUCAGGCAGUAAUAAACCAUCAGCUUCGUCCACGCAGCGGAAACCAUCAGAAAUCAAUGGCAACGGACCGAACAGUGUAGACAAAUGUACCAAUUGCAACAAGUGCUACACGACAUGCCCUACGACGUCAAUUUCAUCCCGCACAAAUGUUGCUGUGACUAUCAAUCGAAACAGUGGCUCUACUUUGCGCCCUAAAAUUGCUGAUGAACCAGUAACUUGCUUUGUGCAGAAGAGAUCAACUGAAAGUGAUGGGGAAUGUUUAGUAUCAGCAAGCAAAAUUGUACAAAAUGGUGCUCAACAAAGUUUCCCGGCAGCCUCACAUUGCACACGUACCCAAGGCAUUGCAACUACAGAUUUAAUAUCUGGACAUGAUCGCGCCAAUCAGCUCUACCCUGGUCAAGGCUUGCUCCAACAGAAUCCUUAUGCAAUAGCAUCAAGUACGCCAAACAACACGUUAUCGAAUGGUUGCCAUGGUUAUGCUACUCUUCCAGUUACGUCACAAGCAUUGUUGGAGAACGACCUCGUAGUGUUGGAUUAUGACGGGAUGAACCUAGUUCAUAGCCAAUCGGAGAACGACUUAUCAAAAACGUUUGAUAUUGGUUUAUUUGACAAUGACUUGUUGCAUUAUCUACCAGAAUAUCUACCUAAUAUGAACGACCUGCCAUCAGAGUUACAAACGAAUGGUAGUUCUGAUAUUCUGUCAACAUCUUUAUCUCCCUUGACUGCUGGAGAACUUCAAAAGGCGACAGUUCAAAGCAAUUAUAGUGAACAAACUACUCCAUGCACAUCAAAUCAAGUUGGGUUAUCAAGCUGUCCGGAGUAUGGAAACUUCGUUCAUCAAUCCAUUACAUCAAGUGGUGGCAUUCCAACCAGAAUGGGCCGGACAUUAAGUAGUCCAACUGAAAUGAUAUCCACAGAUUGUCAUACUUUAGAUAACCUUACUCCAUCUUUAUUGUAUGCUAAAGCAUCUAUUGACGACUUAUUGCCUGGAGGUCACCAUUGUCCUUCCAGGAACCAAACGUUAAGGGGACAAGUGCUUCAGAUUGGGGUGCCUGAUGAGAGUCUGGUUGAAACUGGUGUAUCUCAUAUGAGUUGCCCAGAGGUCGACAGGACUCUUUUUCAUGAAGGAAUCACCCAGAUGAGCCUACCCGAGUUUGAUGUAAGUCAGUCAGCUGCGAAUAGUGUUAGCGUUUGUGGAACAAAUGGAGAAGUUUCCAGUCUGAAAAGUGUUCCCCAAGAUGGUAUGUUUCAAUCAAAUGAGUCAAUGGCAGGAAUAUCUCAAAAUGAGGUUUCUAAUGAGAGCUUGUUCAGUGCGGAAACCAACGGAGGUUUCCAAAAUGUGGGUUUAUGUCCUAUGAGUGAGUCUGCAGCAGGUGCCACAAGCAUGUUCGGUGUUCAGAAAAAAGAUACUUUUCUGAGUGGUUCUCGAGUGUCGUCAUCAGAUGGAAGAAUGGAAGGUGGGUUAUCUCAACCUUCGGACACGUUAACCCAAAGCAAUCCUCAAACUACAAGUCAUAUUUCAGAAAAUAUCAUAACAGAGUUUUCACCAGAGUGGUCGUAUUGCGAUGGAAAAACAAAGAUUCUAAUCUUAGGUGACUGGUCACGUCAAAAUGGCUCCUACUCCUCCCUUUUUGAUGGCUGUUCAGUAGCCGCAACUUUGAUUCAGCCUGGCGUUUUAAGAUGCUUUUGUCCACCUCACGAUCCUGGCCUGGUUUCCCUCCAAAUCGCAUGGAAUGGAUUCAUUAUCAGCAAUGCUUGUGUGUUUGAGUACAAGACGCGGGAAAAUGCCACCAACUCUGUCUCUGAUUGGCUGAGCCCGAGAGAUGAAGACCUGAAGAAGUUGAUUCUUGAGAGAAUCGAAAGACUUGAAAGUGUAUUAGGGAUUGCUCAAUCGUUUGGGAAUAAUGAAGCUGAAAGACGAACUGUUGAAGGUGAAGGUGAAGUGGGUACAUUCGAAGACAGAAUAGUAAGAAUUUGCGAAGUCCUUCUUGAGAGGAUCUGCCUUUCGACAAUACCAGAAACCGGGCCUAAAGGUCUCACUCUGCUUCAUCUUGCGGCAGGCCUUGGCCUUACCAAACUCGUACGCUUGCUUAAAAAACACGCGUGUAUGGAAAAGUUGCAGACUAUGAGGACGGGAGGCGAAGGUGCCGAAGACGCAACACAAAUGACCAAGGUCAGUAAACCAGAAUGGUCUCCGCAUGCUAAAGACUCCUUCGGAUGCACGCCGUUGAUGUGGGCUUGCUAUCGCGGGCAUCAUGACGCAGCGAUGACGUUGUUGGCAUGGCAACCAUCUUCAUACCGCGAAUGUGACCAAAGCGGACGAUCAGCGAAGGCAUUAGCGCAGGAAAUGGGUCACGUGUCUCUGGUACGUGAAAUGGACGAGUUUAUAUGUGGAGAAGACAUGUAUUCUAUGGUAAUGGAAAGCUCGCCACAAUCACCAAGCAGUUCUUGUGCAUACCUCUCAGUUUCAUCCAACGAACAGGCUCCUCAAUCCCCAAUGUCAGCGGAUUCCUUGGCUUGGGAGAGAGUUGAUGGAGUAACGGAACCUCCACCAGAUUUUGAUACGGCCGUUGUGAUGUCAGAAGAUCGACCCAACACUCUUGGAAAGGUCUUGGUUGAGAUUCGAGCGCUGAUACAACAGGCUGAAGAAAGGGCAAGGUCUCCUCUCCAGACUCCAAGUAACUCUGCUCCAUUUGCACUGAACUUCACUGGCUUCUCUGACAUACAAACUGACGAUAGACCUUCAGAUAACUUGAUGAAGUCAGAACCAGAAUUUGGACCCAGGACACCUCAUUAUGACACGCUUUCCAUAGACUCCUCACCAAUAUGCACUCCAGCAUCGCAUUCUCCAAGUUCUCCUGCCGUUCGAAACUCGCCUCAAUCUGCAGGAACAGAUACGUCUGAGUUUGAGGAAUUCCUGAGUAAACCACGUCAAUUCUUGGAAAGAGAUUUUUCCGAAUUGACUCUAACAGACAUUGAACAACAAGAGCUUCUACAAGCCGCAAGAAUCAUCCAAAACGCAUAUAGACAAUUUAAGAUCCGCAAAAAACAACACUUCGACGAAUUGAAAGCAGCAGUACUUAUUCAGAGCUACUAUCGUCGGUAUAAACAGUUUGCGCUGUAUAGACGAAUUACAAAAGCAGCAGUCUUAAUCCAGAACAGCUAUCGCGCUCAUAAAGAGCAUGAACAAUUCAAGAGAAGUCGGCAUGCAGCUGCUGUGAUUCAGACGUAUUUCCGCCAUUACCGCAAAAGAAAACAAAGAAAUGCUGAGGAAGAUGCGCCUGGAAAGAGACUGGAAACAAAAUAUCGCAAGCCAUCGUAUGGAAGAUAGGUAUAAAGACAAUGUACCUUUGGACAUCGGAGAUUUAUUGACGAUGGAGUUGGUUACGUCUCUUCGACAGUGGUAACUAUAUAUAUGGUUGUGUGAGAAUUCUGCUUAAGAUAUCGUGGUUCAAACCGUAUGUAAAUACACAUAUCCAGUAUACAUAUAUAUUUAUUUAAAUUAAGUUAAGACGCGAGUGCAUGUUAAAAGAAUGUAUAUAUUGUAAUUGACGUUUGGAGUACCAGUAUGAAUGGCUCAGAAUUUGUUAUAUAUAUAUUUGAGUGUAAGUAUUUUGAAUUAAGAGCAACCUCGAAAGACAGAAAAAUGAUGAAACUGUAUAUGACAAAACUUUAAGUUAUUUUAAAACUAUACAAAUGGCAAAAAAAACUCGAUUAAAGUGUCUGUGGUAUAAGGAAAAAUAUGACAUAGCAGUAUUUUGGUAUAGCAUAAAAUAUUUAUUCAAAUCGGUUGUAUAAAGUAAAGAUAUUUAAUGAUUAUACAUUUAAAAAAUAUUUUGAUUCUUGAAAUAUCCAUUUAUUCAGGC